CGACCAACAGAGGGCGGAAUGGAUAGUAUCAGUGACCAACAAAUCACGUAAAGUACAAGAGUGGACACUUGAUCGCCCAAGAUAAAAUUGGAAAAGAAAAUUCGGAUCGAAAAUACGACAUGAAGUGAGGCUCGCCCUCUACGCACUUUGCAGGCAAAUGAACAACUCGGACCUUUCCAUCUGAAUUGUUGUUCCUGCAACGCCGCCGCCCCGCCUCCCGCCUGGAAUCUCAUUCUCGGCCUCGUUGUGUUCCCCCCCUUCCGAACAAUAACAGGAACAACUUGCAUACCAUGCUUUCAAAACAACAAGAGCCGACUAUGUUGGACCCGGCGACGCAGAAAAGGCCGGUCGACACCGACGCGCCGGCGCCCGUGUCCGACAUCGAAGACAGCUCCAUCAGCUCGGCCAAGGAUAUCUUGGAACACGAGGGAGAGGACCCCGUACUGGCGAGAAAGAUGCGCCUUGUCAAUGACGCUAACGAUCAAAUCGGUUGGACUCCAUUUCACUGGAAGCUCUUCGUCCUCAACGGCUUCGGCUACGCCGUCGACUCCCUCAUCGCGCUCGUGCAAUCCGUCACCAAUACCGGGGCGUUCCUGGAGCUGGCGUCGUCGUCGACGUAUCGGAAUGCCGGAACCAUCUCGCUAUACGUCGGACUGCUGGUCGGGGCCAUCUUUUGGGGGUUCGGUGCCGACAUCAUUGGGAGGAGGAUCGCAUUCAACGUCACCUUGUUGAUCACCGCCCUCGCGACCAUCGUGUCGGGCGCAAGUCCCAACAUCGCAUCAUGGGGCUUCUUCGUCGCCCUCUCGGCAUUCGGCGCCGGCGGCAACCUGGUCCUCGACCCCACCGUCUUUCUCGAGUUUCUGCCCAGCAACAAGCAGUGGACGGUGACGGCUUUGGCUCUCUGGUGGGGGUUCGGACAAGCUUUGACAGGCUUCAUUGCCUGGGGGUUCUUGACCCAGGAGCGAUGGAACUGUACAGCAGGGCAAACUUGCAACUGGUCGAACAACGCCGGUUGGCGAUACGUCUCGUUCACGGCCGGCGCUUUUGUCUUCCUCACCUCCGUCGCACGAGUGACCAUCAUGCGCUUGAAGGAGACACCAAAGUACCUCCUCAGUGUCGGCCGAGAUGCCGAUCUUGUGCGCAACUACCAGCAGAUAGCACAGAAGUACGGGAGAGAGUGCUCGCUCACAGAGGAGAAGCUCGCGGCGUGCGGUAAGAUGAAGAACGCGGGGCAAGACAGGCAUACCCUCAAGUUCGUGCUGCACGAGCUGGUCGACCACGUCAAGGGCCUUUUUGUGACCAGGAAGAUGGCGCUCAGCACCACCAUGGUUUGGAUGUCGUGGACUUUGAUCGGUCUCGCCUAUCCUCUAUUUUACGUAUUUCUUCCCUCUUACCUUGCAUCGAGGGUUCCGAACAGCGUAGAGACACCCUACGAGACGUGGCGGAACUUCACGUUGACCAACAUUUCCGGAAUUCCGGGCCCGAUCAUUGCUGGUUACCUGGCUAAUCUCCCCCACGUCGGCCGGAAGUACACGAUGGUCAUCGGGGCGCUCUUGUCCAUGGCACUCUUCUUCGCCUACACUGCGGUGAAAACGGCCGAUCAGAACGUCGGCCUGAGCUGCGCGAUUGCGUGCUGCAUCAACAUCUACUACGGUACCUUGUACGCGUACACGGUUGAGGUUUUCCCUUCGGCACACCGUGCCACGGGCAACGGCAUUGCAGUCGCCUGCAACCGCCUGAUGGGCAUCGUUUCUGCCUUCGUCGCCACCUCUGGUGAUACGACAACUGCCGUGCCUCUCUAUGUGUGCGCAGCACUCUUUGGCCUGAUGGCGGGCGUUUCGGCAUUGUUUCCCUUUGAGCCAUAUGGAAGACGAAGCUCCUAGACUUUUCCAGAUGGCGGAGCGAAACGACAUUUGUUCCGAUCAAGAGGAUAGAUUCUUGACGUGCAGGAAAAUGUUCCUGUCUUGGUCCUAAUAUUUGUACAUACCUACCUAAUCGGAUAAUAGAUCUUCAUCGAAU